CUUAAUUUUGAUUCGUUCCCCCAAAAUUGAAUUCCUUCCAUUAACACAAUAAUAAAUACUCGUAAUAUCAGAUCAAAAAUUCACAUUAUGGCGAAGAGAUCAGGUGGAGGUGGGACGGGAAGAGGAAGAAGAGAAGAGGAACCGUUAGUAAAUCGGUGUGUCGACUCAGUGUUUAGAUUCAUUCGAUAUGCUGAGUUUGAGAUCCUUUUCGUUCUGUUUUUUCUCAUCUCUUUUAUUCUCUUCAAAGAUUUGACAUCGAGACCAGAAUAUAAUCAGAUCCUUGUGAAGAAGCCUGGAGGACCAGAUUGGUGGUUGUCUUAGAAGAUGCAAUUGGGUUGGCGCUAUGUAAGUUUGUUCAAUGAUGAAGUACACUACAACAUGAAUAUUAGUUUUCCUUCUUGUGUCUGGAGAACAUGAACCAUGUGGUAUAUGAUGGCCUUGCAAAUAUUCUAAGUAUGUUGAAUUGAUGAACCGCCAACCAUUUUCAUAUUGUAAACAGUAACGGAUCAAAGAUUUUCUCUAUCAAUGUAUGUGUAAACGAAAUUAUCAGGGAAUGUAUGGCAUUAUCAAAUUUUCAUA